AUGCACCAUUACAAGGUGCGAUGGGGUAUCCUCCUUAACACCCGAAAUGCCAUCGUCGCGUACCUCGCCGGCGAGAAUACGCUCUACCUCUCCGAUGUCAUCACACGCGAUGCAGGAAAGGAUUUCGAUUCGUUUACCCUCACUGCGGCUAUGUACACCCUUGCCCUGACCGACUGGCGGCCUCCCACGGCCGAUUUCAGCGUGUCUUUCCUUGAUUUGAAGGUUGAGAUUUCACAACUGAAGCACCAAGGAGAACAUUCUACCGCGGCCCUAAGAGGACGUGGCAAUCAAGGAUGUGGCAAUCGUUGUGGUACAACUCGCGCGUCUAUGUUCACAGCACAGCGGGGUUCAGCAGGACAACAAGGACAAGAAAGGGAUCAAGAUGAUACUGGUCGACAUGAUCUCCUCGGUGACGACUGUAGGCAACUUUCUGCGUUUGUCAGAGCGGUGCAGGCGGGACAAGUGUUUGACAGAGUGAAAUUUGAAACCCCAGCGACUGAAGCAUCCUCCUCAGGUUCACUCAAUCCUGCUCAUCUGAUCAUCUGUGGACCACGCCCUCUUGGGGAAGGACGAGCCUGGACCGUGUUCGAAGGGCUACUCACAUUUCCAAAUGGCUCUUCCUCCGAGAUGGAGAUCACAAGCCUGACAGUCCAAGUUGUCAAUCCUCGACAUCUACAGGGCAAACUGGCAGCACCCACAGUCCCAGUGAGGUCUACUGUCAUUGACACUGGAGCACAAGCUUUGAACGAUGGUGCGGAAGAUAUGACCAAAGGUGGCUACAAAUCUCUUUGCCCGUCAUCUCUGCCAGCUGUGAGCGCCGCUGGAGCAGGGGAUGCAAAUGCCUCACCACCGUCAGAGCUUCCAGCAGCAAAGAUAUCUCCCUCUUCAAGCUGGGAAUCAAGAUUGGAUGGCAGCUCACUGAGCCUGCCUACCUCACUUGACAAGUCUGACUUCUCCGUCUCGCAGCAAGUUGCCGUUAAGAUCUGCUGUCCGCGCAACAGGUGUGGCCCAUAUGUUGAGCAAGAGGACCUUGAAGAUGGGGUCAUGUGGGAAGGGAGGUUGUACGAUGGACCAUUGCGCGCACUCCAGGGCAAUGCUGUUCCCCACUGCUAUGGGCUGUUUAGCUCUGCAGAUGAGGAAGUUUUUGUGAUGGUGCAAGAAAGGCUGUGGGGUCCAAUGGCAGAGAGCUGGGCAAUGGUUCAUGACCUACAGGCUCAGCCAGUCCUUGAUGCCUUUGAAGCACUCCACCGUGCAGGUGUGCUUCACCAAGACCUCGACCCGAGACAUGUCCAAUUUGCAUCGACAGAAGGCCAUGAAGGGGGGUACAGGCUAAUUGACUUUAAUCUAGCUCUGGGCCCGGGAGAGUGGACAGACGAGGAUCGCGAACAGGAGGAUCGCCUGCUCAGGAAUCGUCUCGGGUUGCUGCGCCGAUAG